AUGGACUUGUCUGUGGACAGCCGCCACUGCGUUAUCAUCGUUUUCGAACGCUCGCGUGUAUCCUAUGUUUAUUUACGAGUGACACUAACAUUCCUCUUAGUCGCGACUCGAGUCACAAAUAGAGUAUAUAGCGGGUCUUCGUGUAGAGAAAUGCAUCGACCAAAAGGGAAAGGAAAGGUUGAAAGUGAUUCUACGAACGGAACCACUAUUUUUAAAACGCCAACAAAUACCAGAAUCUCAACCAACGAAUCGACCAUGUUACCCUCGUCGAGGCUUCUCCACGAGUUAUCAGAUCCUAUAAACGGAAUCACUACGUCUAAGACUCUAACCAAUACCAGAACCUCGACGAACGAAUCAACUACGUUACCCUCAACCACCGUCGACGAAGUCGUGAGGAACGAUGACGAUCCCCCGCCUUACAGCCCGAUCGCGCCUCCGAAUCACGUCGGCUGGCCGUUCGACUUUUCGGGAAAUCGGUAUUCCGCGUACAACGCUACAACCUAUACAACGGCUCCAUUGGCCCCGUUCCAAACAAGCCUAACUUCGCCUGGCUUCGGUUUCCAUACCGAGAGAGCGGAGGAACAUGCAUCGAUUUCGAUGCCUUUAAUGCCUUGCAGGCUAUUUAUGUUCGGUUCUCGGAGAUCUCUGUUUCCACACGAUGGUCCGACGUUUACGGAUAACAUCUCGGUUAAUAAGGAGGAUAACCAUGAAAGAACACAUAGAUAUGGCGCCAUUUUAAUUGGAGCGGCUGUCAUUAUUUUUCUUAUGGUCCUUUCAUUACUCGUGAGAUUAAUCAUGGAUAAAAAUCUUUGGCGAAGUUAGCUAAGAUCAUGAAAUGUCGGCAAUAUGUGGUAUGCAGAUUUCAUUCAUUCUCAAUCUAGACUGAAUCUAGAGUAACUUUAUCAUAGCAUAAUUUCUCUUGCGUUGAUGUAAUAACGAGUAUAAUUAGAGCAUGGUCGUCAUGCAGGAAGACUGGAAUUUCGAAUUUCUUAUAUCGUGUAUGUUCUAGCUGAUUUUGUUCAUUAAUCAUUUGUGUGCAGAAGUAUUUAAUUACCUUUAUCAAUUUAUUGCCAAUAAUUUUAUAAUUCAAAACAUGUAAAUCUAUUUAUAUUAGUAGGUAUGUUUUCGUGACAGUUCCUUUAUGACAGAUUAAAAGAAAUAAAAUAUAUUGUAUAUAAAGUAAAAAAAGUAGAAAAAAUCAGGAGUGAAAAAUAUUCAAAUUAUCUAAAAAUUAUUUUUACUUUUUAAUACAUUUAAUACGUGUUACGUGUAUAUAUGUAUUACGGAAAAUUUCUUCACAGCAGAUAACGCAAAGCCGUAUCAUGGAUUUUCUUCAAAAAAUGAAGAAAACGGAAAAAAAGUUUAUUUAGAUUUUAUUUCGUGCAAUAUGAGUAUUGUUGCUAUUGUAUAUAGUUAUUUUACUUUGUGCAUUUUUCAUUGUUUUAAUUUUUGUAAAAAAUUCGUCAUUAGGCUUUCGGUUUUUGACAACGUAUUGAAAUACUUACAGAAUAGAUAUUAUUAUCUUGUAUUUCAAUUUUUAAUUGCUACAAUUGAAAAAUA